AUGAAGAACAUCACUUCAUUGUGGUUCUCUGGGCGCCUGCCCAGCCUGACAGCACAUGGCGUGCAGGCGUACUACGUUACUGAGAACUUCUUCUCGCACGGGCAGGUCAAGUUCAGCAACUGUUCUGCGGUCACGUGGAACACGUAUUUAAACUGCCUCGCGCCGUACAAUGGCAUCUGCGGCUUUGCGUAUUCCCAAAGGUCUGCUGCAGCGUGUGCUGCGUUCUGUGGGCUGAGGGUCGGUGCCACUGGCCCUCUGUGUGGGGGCCAUGGCUACUGCUCUCAGAAUACCCGUACUGGAGCAUGGAAGUGUGUGUGCGAUCCCAACUACAUGGUCAACAGCAGCAACUUCAACACCUGUGUGCCUGGAGCUGCGCGCACAUCUCUGGCGUCUGCCUUGGCAUACGUCUCCCUUGGGGGCUCUGCCUCGCUGCUUUCCAACGGCUCCAUUCUGCUCACCAGCGGCGCUGCCAGCCAGCAAGGCUCUGCCCUUGCGUUGCCCGCGCUGCGCCUCUUCUACAUUCCGGACAAGCGCUCUCCCUGCGGCACCCAGCUGGGCUUCCGAGUUGCCUUCAGCUUCGCCAUGACCCCCGGGGAUCAGGGGGCGGGUGGGGAAGGCCUUGCGUUUGUGGUGGCAGCAGCUGCUGCUGGCAAGGGGGUGAGUGUGGGGCUGGGAGGGGUGGGGAAGCGGAGUGUGGCGGUGGAGUUUGACUCGGUGCUGAGUGUGAAGCACAGCGACCCCAACGACAACCACGUGGGCGUCAAUGUGGGCGGCUCACCUGUGUCCCUCGCCUCUGCCACGGCCCCUCUCAUCCUCAACGACGCCCACACCAAGCACGCCUGGAUCCACUACGACCCCACCAGCGGCGGCACCCUCCGAGUCUUCCUCUCCUCCGACCCCCACCAGCCCCCCACCCCCACCCUCACAGCAAGCGUGUCUCUCUGCUCCGUGCUCAAGCCCACUGCAUCCGACUCUCUCUUCCUCUUCGGCUUCGUCGCCCUCUCAGCCAGCCAGCCCCAAAGCCAUGUCAUUCUGUCCUGGAGCUUCAUCACAGGUAUGGUAUGCUGCCUAACACCAUACCCAUCCCCGUCUGUUUAA